GUACUAGGUAGUUCUAGGUCCGAAUCGACAAAGGUUGAAGAUCCCCGGCUUCGAUGGGUCCAAAAAGCAUCUCUGCUAGGUAUCCAUUGACAUCAUCAUUCAAGAUCAUGACGAACUGCCGUCAUUGACCAGGUAUUUGGUACCCCUACACAAGCAUUUAAGGGUCCAGCCCGUCAAUCCAAAACAAACUUUGUCUGCAUCAAACUAAACUGGCUCCAUUAAACACACAAAAACAAAUUCCCCAUCAUGUCAGGCACCCAGAACACCAACCCCGGCAAUUUUGCCAACCGCCCCAAGGAAGAGGUGCGCGACAUCGCCUCCAAGGGUGGCCAGUCGAGUCACUCUGGCGGUUUCGCCAGCAUGGACCCCGACAAGCAGCGCAACAUCGCUUCUCAGGGUGGCCAGGCUUCGUCCGGCAGUUUCGAGCCCGGCAGCGAGCGUGCCCGUGAGGCAGGCCGAAAGGGCGGCUCCCGCACCGGCACCGGUAGUGACGACGCCGAGUAGCCAAUACGAAGCCGACGGUGAUCAGGGGUUUGCUGCACAUGUACGAUAGUUGGAUAGCGGAUAGUCAAAUCAAUAUUUACUGGCGGUAGCGUUUUCAA